AUGCCGCGCGAGUCAUUUCCCACAGAUCUCUUGCCAGGCCAGAUCCUGGACGGCUGUUCAGUUAACCUCCUUAAGCUAGCCCUAGACCGGAUAUUUUCUGCCCUGAGCAGGGCAAACUCCACUGAAGAGGAUGACCUGCGCCGGCUUGAAAAGCAAGCAGCAGGGAAGUACUUGCUGCUGUACAACUGGCUACAGCUGCAGCAGCAAGCGAGACACGAUGAUCCGCAGAAGUUUCCCGAGCAGCGCUCCCAGGAGGAGCACCAAGGACAGGAUAGCUUGAGCAUAAUGGAGAAGCAGAAGCUGAUGCUAGAAUCGAGGUUGGCAGUGGAAUUAGAAGUGCUCACUACCCUGCAGCAGCAACGUCGGCUACUGGAAGCGUACGAAAAAAAGGUCAAGCAGCAACAGCAACAGUCCCUGCGAGCAAUGGACUUAAUACAGGGAGAGAAAAUCGCCCUCCACACCUCGGCAACCCCUGCUGAGAUACUGCAGGAUGUUGUGGCUAGGUUGCAUCAACGCGAGAGGCGGCUGCAUGUACAGUUGAGGAGGGAGCAACAUCUGCAGCAAAUUCUUCACAUAGUGCUGCGCCGUUGCGUGCAUCUGCAGCAACAGAUCGAGGACCUCAAACAGCAGCGAGAACAGCUAUUACUAAUUUGCCGUGUAGGGGAUGAGGAAUUGAGGCGGCGGGAAGUGUCAGCCCCAGCCCUCAGGGAAAUGCGCCGGACAGGUCUUCAAACAGUUCUGCGCUCUCCAUGGCGAAUACCUGUCGUUGUAGCCCAUGAUGAUGCUGGAUGCGAGGCAUUUGCUAUGCAUGGAUGGCUUCGGCAGGUAAAAGACUUACCUGACGCUCCAGCGCCAUGCAGCAGCAGCGUCAGAACCGGCACAGGUAGCACGAUGAACAGCAGCCGAUGCAGCGCUAAAACUGCCUUCAAGCCGAGCGGCGAACAUCGCGGCCAGCCUUCGCUGGCUCGGGGCUCCUUUGCUCGCAGUAUGCGUAGAUGCGACGGCGAUGUGAGGCGGCAAAACCCCCCACUGUCUCGACAACGAGCGCCAACUCCCGAAGGAUUGGUAGCACUGCAGCUUAAGCAGCAGCAGCAGCAGGAGCAAACACAGAAGCAACAGCAGGACCUAGACCUCGACGUGACUGGCACGGAGACGACGCAGCAACAGCAAUCCGAUGGGAACGAUCCGCUUGCUGGCAUUCCUUUGGAAGAAGGUUGCUACGGCCUUGAGCUUGCAGACGGCGGAUCGAAUGACAGCGUAAAGCCCGACCAGAAUUUAAUGAUGGAUAUUGGGGACUUUCAGCAGACAGAGUCAGAGCUGCAGCUCGCAAAUGAACGGAAACGCCGUGAGUUGCUGCUCCACCACAAGGAGCUACAAGAACUAGAAAGGUGCAUAUACGAGGCUAUGGCUUAUGAGGAAGGUGCAGGUGCCCUGGGUCCCUUCGAGCCGCCGCAGCAGCAGCAGCACUUAGCAGCUGAAAUGCAUCGAAGAAGCUGUAGACUCUUGGAGCUGUGUUCUCUACUGGCUCCUGAUGCAGAGCAGAGGCAGAAGCAUGAAGAAAGGCAGAAGCACGUUAAUGAGAGCCCCCAGACACAGCCAGCAGAGGCGGAGCUUCGACUUCUGCGUCAGACGCACGCAACUUUGGCAGCCCUCCUUGACGAUAGGCUACAGGGAUGGUCCUCAGCUCAGCAGCAACACCAGAAGGAACGCCAGUACAUCGAAUUAGCAGAACAGCUGCAGCAGCUAGAGCAACUGUCAAGCUUGACACCACACGCGCGACGGGCAGUUGGCUGCAUUCUUGGAGAGCCGUACCACUGCCGCGAAGACCCGCCUCAGCAGCAAGACUACCAGAUAUCUUGGAGGCAGCAGCGGCAACACAGACAUCAAGAAGUGAUGUUUGCUGCUGCGCUAAGAGAGGUUGAAGACUUUGUACUUUGGCGACUGGACGAACUCCAGCAACAGCAAGAGAAAGCGCGGCAGCAGCAGCAGCAACGAGAAGAAGACGAACGCGAGCAACAACAACAUGCACAACCGCUGCAACGGCAAAAUCUGCAACACAAGGCAGAUAUUAGGCCACAGCCAGCUUCAACGCAAGAAGGUGAACAGCAGACCAUCCCGGAACGCAGUGAAGCGAACCCAGAGAGAGAAUUUUCAUACAGGCAGCUAUGGCAAGGUGUCGACUUGCUGCAGACGGCAGUGCAGAGCAUCUCGGCUGCAAAACCAGACUGCACCGAAACUCGGAAGUGCAACAGCAACAGCAGCAAAAAGUGGGAGGCGCAGGCGAUGUUGUCUCCGCGGUGGUCUCCGGUGUACGCCCUCUUCUGUCCGACACUGGGCAUUGCUGCUGCUGCCAGCGGCGGCGACUUGUUCUCAUGUUCUGCUCAGCAGCUUCUGCCUUGUACAUCUGCUCCAGCUGCGGGGCCUGAGGAUACCAACGUCUCCACAACGGCGGACGCAGCAGGAAGCUACCGCAUGGGCGCAGCAGAGGCACCACCUACAGUAGCAGCAGCGCCUGCGUCAGGGGCAUCAGCUGCCGCAGUAGUGGCAGAUAGUUGCUUCAGACCAUUUGAAAGCGGCCAGUUGAGGGAAGAGAAGCUUCACCAAGAAGGAGCAGCGAAUGGAGGAGUUUUUGCUGCUGCUGCAAUGAGGGAACCGGCAUUCCAGGCGCCAACCUUGCUGACAUCUGGCAUGUGCAUUGGUGCAGCAAUAUCAGCACAGAAGGAACCAACGACAACUGGAAUACCCGGGCAGCAGCGGCACCAACGACACUAA